CCCGGAAGUAACGCCAGAGGAAGUUGCUCUAACACUACCAGCGUGCUACGAGCUGUCCAACACUCAGUGGUAUUAGCGCCGGUUGAGGGGUCUGUGAAGUAUGGCUACUGUGGACCAGGUGGCAGCAGUAGGACAGAUUCUGGUUGACCCAGGACUGGACCUGACCCAGCGCUUCAGAGCCUUGUUUACCCUAAGAAACCUGGGAGGUGCUGAAGCCAUAGACUGGAUCAGUAAAGCCUUUACAGAUGAGUCUGCCCUGCUGAAGCAUGAGCUGGCUUACUGUCUUGGCCAGAUGCAGGACACUCGGGCCAUCCCCACUCUGACCACUGUACUCAAAGACACACAACAGGAACCUAUGGUCAGACAUGAAGCAGGAGAGGCUCUGGGAGCAAUUGGUGAUCCUAUGGUUCUAGAUCUACUCAAACAGUACAGUCAGGAUCCUGUCAUAGAGGUUGCAGAAACAUGUCAGCUGGCUGUUCGUCGGUUGGAGUGGCUGCAGAGUGGAGGAGAGAAACAGCUGGACGAUGUCAGCACAGACCAGAACCCAUACUGCUCUGUCGACCCGGCCCCUCCAGCACCGAGGAAGAGUGUAGCUGAGCUCCGGUCCAACCUGCUGAAUGAGGGUCUGCCUCUGUUUGAACGCUACAGAGCCAUGUUUGCACUGCGGAACCUGGGCACUGAGGAGGCUGUGCUGGCACUGGGAGACGGCCUGCAGUGUUCCAGCGCUCUGUUUCGCCAUGAAAUCGGUUAUGUCCUGGGUCAGAUGCAGCACCCGGCAGCCGUCCCAGCCCUGCGUGCAGCUCUGGAGCGGGCCGGCGAGAACCCCAUGGUCCGGCAUGAAGCGGCCGAGGCUCUAGGUUCCAUCGGCAAAGAGGAGUGUCUGGCCGUGCUGCAGCAGUUCCGUGGAGAUGGGGAGCGUGUUGUGAAGGAGAGCUGUGAAGUGGCUUUGGAUAUGCUGGAGUAUGAAAACAGUGACCAGUUCCAGUACGCAGAUGGACUUGUCAGGUUACAGGGUUAAAGGUCACACCUAAAAAGACUCCUGGGCUUUCAUUUCAACAUUUUUUUUCUAUAUUAAACCGCGCACAUAGGACACUAAUCUCUUGCAUCAGGGAAGAAUAUUCAAUAUCUGUGUGCUGGUCCCCGACUGCAAAAUGAUGAAGUACAAGCAUAUGAAAUUAAAAUUGCAACAAAAAAGGCCAAGUUGAACCAAACAGGAGUGAACUAUCGACUGGAGCUUGGAAUGUUAUGUGCCUUUGUGUUCACUCAAUGCAUUCACAUACUAAAUAAUGUCCUGGCUUCACUCAUUGCUGCAUUUACUCAGUGAUUUGAACAGUAUCUGGUCUGUGUAGACUACAGCUGAGGAUAAAGGUUGACAGUUGUAAUGAAAACACUCUACUUUGCUCCCUGUUUGUAACUGCUCUGAGGACUCGGUAUUUUUGUCCCAUCUCUGUACUAAGCUGUUUUAAGAUGGUGAACUCGUAGACUGAAGUGGAUGGUUCUGGUUUAAGAUGCACUUCAGUGUGAGCACGACAUGUAGUCAGUUUCUUUUCAUUAAAGCUAAGGAUCCUACAACAAAGAUGAAGCAGUCUUUCUGCUGUGGAUUUACAGCAUGUUUAAGCAGCACAUCCAGUAAUGUGGGGAAUUAUUUUUUCAAACCUCUGUUCAAAUAUUAUUUGCUGCAGACACAGCGGUGAUUUGCCGUGUCUUUCUCAAAUAGCUUGCUUUUGGUCAUUAAAUUACGGUCAUACAUAAAGAAGUUCUUUUGCAGACUGGAUUUAAGUUUCUGCUUUUUAAUAUAUAUGGGCAGGUGUGUACUGUUAAUUUUAAGUUAAAAUCUUGUGAAAAUGAAUACAGUUGUGAGUUGAAUCUAAGCAGUGAUUAAAGAAAAUCGUAUUCAGUGGCUAA